GUCUUCCUCCUACUCGAGCGCUCCUCCCACAUGUUUCUCCCUGCUUUCCGGAGAUGGAUCCCAACCUCGAACACCCGAUGCCUCCUCUUAUAACCCACCAUUGCUUCCUCCUCCACUCCGUCACUCUCAUCCCUUCCUCCUCUUCUCAUCCGUUUCCCAGCGUUCUCACCCGUCGCAAGAUUGGAAGCUCUCCGGAGGGAGAAGAGGCGGAGGAGGGGCGAGGAUGCUGCAGAGGGCCACGAGCAACGUGUACUCCUGGUGGUGGGCCAGCCAUAUCAGGACCAAGCAGUCGAAGUGGCUCGACGAGGACCUCCACGGUCAGUCUUUAUUAGAAAUCUCGCUUAAGAUAUUGUUGUUGUUGUGGUUCUUACUUCUUGUUGGAUGCGAUUGCUUGCUCAAGCUGCAAUGUGAGCUGGGUAACUUUGUUGAAGACAUGCAUAAAGCUUAUAAAGCAUUGGCUCAUAGGUACGAUCGAAUAACAGGAGAACUGCAAAAGGCCAACCAGACCAUAGCAAUUGCUUUUCCUGAUCAGGUCGACUUUGAAAUGCAAGAUGAUGAGGAUGGUGGCUCUCCAAAGGCAAUCACUUCGAUAGAUCUCAGUAAAUUCCGUAAGCCAACAGAAGUCCCACAGUUCAUCUUCAGACAGAAAACAAAGAAAGAUCGCCCCACACCGAAGAAGCAACAUCACAGGAAGUUAAGUACUCAAAUCAGCAAAGAGAAGGCACAGGAAGAGAUAGACAGGCUUCAAAAGGAAAUUUUAGUGCUCCAGACUGAGAAGGAAUUCACCAAGAGCUCUUACAGGAGCACCUUAGCCCGGUAUCUAGACAUUGAGAAGCAAAUUACUGAGAUGCAUGAGGAAUUUUGCUGCUUGCAGAAUUCUUUCAGCGCAAGUGCAAUCGCUGAAGAUGGCGAAGCUCGUGCAAUGAUGGUAGCAUCAGCCAUUAAGUCUUGUGAGGAUAGCUUAGUUAACAUACAAGAACAACGGAAAGUUACGUCCAAAGAGGCAAGAAUUGAGUCAGAAAAAAUUAAAGAUGCUAAACAGAAGCUGAAGUCUCUCAAGGGUGAGUCUGGUGAAUCAGAGAUUGAGACAACAGAGACCUCUGAUCAGAACAUGGAGCAGAACUCCACCUCCGUAAACACAGAAGAUAGUGUUCUGAAAGAGGAAAGGAUGGAAUUACAGUCAGUGUGCCUGAAAGUGAAGGAACAAUUUGAGAUGAGCUCUGAAACAUCAGUCAUGGAACUGGCAGAAAAGAUUGAUGAACUUGUCGACAAGGUCAUUAGCUUAGAACAUAUAGUUUCAUCACAGAAUGGUCAGAUAGAGAGAUUGAGAUCAGAGACAGCUGAGCUUAAUAGGCACCUACAAUGCAUGGAGGAGGACAAGGUGAUCCUAACUGGCGACUCCAAUACCUUUACUGAGACUUUUAAAGAAGCAGAAGAUGCAUUGCAAAGAAUUCAACAUCUUGAGAAUUGUCUAAAUAUUGAUGACGAUGCCCUUCAAACACAAUUUUUAGAUGCCUGCCACAGUCUUAACAAUAUUUCUGAGAAGUUGCAGUCACCUAAACAUCAAGAGCAUGCAUUGUCCCAGGAGGUAGAAACUCUGGUUUCCAACAAGGAAAAACUUGCCGGAAUUGAGGCUCAUGGGCAAAUUACAAAUGAGUCAGACAAGUUGCAAGAGGAUACAGACAAUGUUCAUGUUGGUGAAGUGCAAACACAACUUGAAGAGACAGAUGACAUUCCAGACUUGCAAAAUUUAUUGCUAAAUGGAUUAGAAGGCAGCCAAAAUGUCUUACUGACUGAGUACACAUCCAUUCUUCACAAUUACAAGGAUACCAAAAAUAGGCUUUCAGAAAUUGAGAAACAAACCCAAGAAUAUCACUUAGAGACAAUGGCAGAAGUAAAUGAACUGAAAAAUGCCAAUGCCAUCAAAGAUGAAGAGAUUCAACUUCUCAAAGAGAUACUAAAUUCCUUUCAGACUUGUUUAAGUGUAAAUGCACCAAAAGACAUGGAGAUGUCUGGAUACCAAGUUGCUGGAUAUCUAGCCAACACGAAAGUAGAAUUUCAUGAAAUAGAAACUGGGAGCUUUCAUGAAGGAGACAUCAAUGAGGUACAAAGUUCUUCAUUGCUUGAAGACAAAUUUAGAGCAGACAUUGAUACCCUGCUAGAGGAGAACUUGGAUUUCUGGUUACGGUUCAGCACAUCAUACCAUCAAAUUCAAAAAUUUCAAACUACGUUUAAGAACCUCAAAUCUGAUAUUGAGAAAAACCAAGAAGGCAAUGCCGCUGUUAUGGCUCCUGCUGAGGAGGCCGUAAACCAGGAAUCACUUCUAGUUUGCAAGAGCUUAAGAGAAUUGAACACCGAGCUCCAGGUUUGGUUGGAAAAGAAUGCACUGUUAAAUGGAGAACUCAAGUGCAGAUUUUCAUCUCUUUGCAGCAUACAAGACGAGAUAUCAAGAGUUUUAAAGGAAAGCGAGAGUGAAGAGAUGCAUCUCACUCCUUACCAGGCUGCUAAGUUCCAGGGAGAGGUGUUCAGCAUGCAACUAGAAAAUAACAAGGUUGCAAAGGAACUGCAAGCCGGUUUGGAUCAUGUGAGGGGGCUUCAGAUGGAAGUCGGCAGGACUUUGUCAAAACUUAAUGAGAACUUUAAGUUGUCUGGAUCAAGAAACCACCAGCAACACAACCAAUUUAGGCAACUAAUCACCAAAACUAUUCCGCUGAGAGCUUUCUUGUUUGGUACAAAGCCGAAGAAGCCUUCAAUGUUUUCGUGCAUGAAUCCAGCACUGCAGAAGCAGUACAGUGACUUAAGAUACACUUUUCCUAGAUGAAAAAUCUCCCCUUUGGGUUUUCUCAGUCUUAUUGUUCUGCUGGAAUUUGUAACAUAAGUUUCUGUCACCUUGUAAGUCGAUAUCUUGACUUGUAUGCAUAAAUCCAGCACCGCAUAAGCAGUGCAGUGAUUUAGGUCUGGUUUCACUA